AUGAGAGAUUUCAGGGACUGUUUAACCUUGUCAGGGCUAUUUGAUCUCCCCUUUCAAGGCCCACAUUUCACCUGGUCAAACCAUCGGGCAGGGGAGCCUAUAGCUAAAAAAUUAGAUCGGUGUCUGGUCAAUGGUCAAUGGCUCUUCCGGUUUCCAGCUAGUCAUUGUUCCUUUGAGCCUCCAGAGUUCUCUGAUCACUCUCCUGGCUUCAUCCGGCUUCUUACUCCUCGUCCCUCUUUUGGAUCAAGACCCUUUAGGUUCUUUAACCUCUUGACCAAACACCAAGAUUUCAAGGAAACAAUACAAUUUUCUUGGAACAAUGAUGGGGAGUCUGCUGGAAACCUUAGAGAUUUCUGUUUUAAAUUGAAACAGUUAAAAAGGCCUCUCAGGUCUCUGCUCAAGGAUAAUUACAGUGCUAUUGAGCGUAGAGUAGCGGAAACUGCUUCUAUUUUGUCGUCUCGUCAGAUGUUAUCGUUAAAUGACCAGUCUGAGGUGAACCUCUCUUUGGAAGCUCAAGCAAAGGACAUUUGGCAAUCUUUGCGACUUGCUGAGGAGAGUUUCUUCAAGCUUAGGUCGCGUAUUAAAUGGCUUGGAGAAGGCGAUCUCAAUACUAAGUUCUUUCAUUCUGUUACCACUGCACGGAAUGCAAAGAACGCCAUUAAACACCUUCUUCGUCCAGAUGGUUCAAGGACAACGACUCUUCAGGAGGUUCAUGAGGUGGCAGUCGCCUACUAUCAAUCCUUCUUGACAACGAUACGAGGUGAUUUUAGUCCUGAUCUCCCUCGUCUUUUGGAAUCUUUGAUUGAAAAUACUUGUUCUCUCCAGCAGCAAGGGUUCCUAUCCUUACCUUUUAAUUCGGAGAUGGUCCGUCGCUGUUUGUUUAAAAUGCCUUUGAACAAAACGCCAGGGCCAGAUGGUUUUCCUGUAGAGUUCUUCAAGGCUUCUUGGGAUGUUUUGGGCACUGAGUUGGAGGGUUCUGUUCUCAAAUUCUUUGAAGCCAAUUUUAUACCAACCUCCCUUAAUGCUACUUCACUGGUUCUUAUUCCUAAGAGACCUGGAGCAGAAGAGCUUAAAGACUUCCCGCCUAUUGCGUGUCUAAACACGGUUUACAAGCUUAUUACGAAGCUUCUGUCUGAACGGCUUAAGCUAGUCAUGUCUACAAUCAUUGCUCCUAAUCAGACGGCGUUUGUGAAGGACCGCCUGUUAUUGGAGAAUGUUUUGCUAGCUUCUGAGAUAAUGCAGGACUAUCACAGAGAGGUAAUUGGAAGGAGGAUUACUCUUAAAAUUGACAUCUCAAAGGCUUUCGAUUCGGUUAGAUGGGAUUUUCUGCUUAAUGUCCUCGCCUCUUACCACAUUCCAGAUUCCUUUUCUAAGUGGGUCCGGUGCUGCGGUUGUAACCCAUCUUUGUCGGUGAGUAUUAAUGGGAUUACCUCGGGUUACUUCAGAGGGAAGACGGGUUUGAGACAAGGAGAUCCGUUAUCUCCGAUCCUCUUUGUUAUGGUGAUGAAUGUUUUAUCACAAAUGCUUAAUAGGGCAGCGAAGGAGGGAACUUUUUCCUAUCAUCCAGGCUGUGAAGAGCUACAAUUGACGCAUCUUUGUUUUGCGGAUGAUUUGCUAAUCUUCUUGGAAGGCUCAGAGCGAUCCUUGCGAGGGGUUCUUUCUGUCAUCUCAGAUUUUGAAAGGAUUUCAGGUCUUGGGAUAAAUAUUCAGAAAACUUCCAUGUUUUGCCAAGGUCUUGACGAUGCUUCUCUUGCAAACAUUCAAGAUCGGUUUAGUCUCAGGGCUUCCUCGUUACCUAUAAGCUGGGAGGCUUUCUCUGAUUUCUUCUGUUAUCUCGGGAAUCAUUGGAUUCUGGACGAGCGCCUUUAUCUUGCCGAAAAAAGUUAUUAA